UCUGUCUGCAGCAAAUUCCUUAUUUUCCUCAUUACUGAUCAAUCUUUCCUGUACAGAAGUUCUUUUUCUGUUGUCCAACAAAAAAUUCACCUUUAUAACAAAUUUUCUUCAAAUUUUUUUCGAUCCCAUCAAUCAAUACAAUAUGCUGGACGCUUUCUAUGGCUAUUUCUUUGGCAGUGAGGAUGUUAAUGGCAACAACACAAAAGAGAAUGUUGCCGUGCUGACGAAUUCCACCGAAUUGGUUGCUUGUACUUUACCAAGCAGAAGUUCGGAAACCAAGGAUGACGAUUGGAUUUUGCUUGAUGGGCAGUUAUCUUCCGGUCGUUCCACACCGGUGAUUAUUCCGGAACCGGAUCUGAUAGCAAUCGAUGAUGAACUCUCAGCAGUGAUUACGGAAUCUUUGCGACCACUGUCGCCCGCAUCGACUCUUCCACAUAAUGACGUACUGCUGCAGGAACCUGUCAGAUGCGACUGUACGCGGGAUUUAAGUCGAGGAUCACGCAGCGGAAUAUCGGGGAAGCAUGUCGAACGAAUGCGUCAGGCAAAACAGAAGGCUAUCGAGAAAAAGGAGUUGGAACGAAAGCUUUUCGAGAAUCAACUGCUUGGAAUAAGUAGUGACGCGGACAAAAAAUAUUCGAACACCAUCAUCAACAACAGUGCCAACAAUAAAACACUGAAUAUGUUGAAUAAUGCUGCUAAAAUGAAAAGAUCCACCGCCGCUGGUCAUUUUGCAACGGAUUCAAAAACGAAACCGCGCUCAAAAAAAACCAAUCGUUUGUUGGCUGGACGUAACAACGAUCGUAAAGUGAACACUUUGAAUUAGGACUUAGUACGAGCUCGGAGAGGUGGUCAACAAACAAACAUGGAUUUUAGUUUCAUUUCAUUUUGCGUCAAAUGACCAUCGGUGUCAUAACUCCUACUCUUCUAUAGCUCAACAGAUCCACGAUGGGAAAACUAUACUCCACCAUUUCUACUUUUGAAUUCAGAAAUCAGCACAGGAACAGUUCUCACACUACAUUUUUGUCGUCCUUCUGUACAGCACCUUCUCAAAUCG